AAAUAUCUUCGAACUUGGUGCAUGAUCAAAGCAACGUAACGUAUCAUGGAGAUUCCGUGACCAACUUACCUUUAAUUUUUUUUAUAAUUAAAAAGGAAAAAACAGAAAUGACAUUUUGUACAAAAUUUUACACCUCUCACACUCUCUCUCUUACUCUGCCAGUGCUAUAAAUCAACUGUAAACCACUCCAAGCAAAUCAAACUAGCCUCUCAGUUAACAAAAGAAACAUUUACAAAUUUUCAGCAGAAAAAAGAAAACAAUGAGGAAUUUUCCAAACAUAACAGAUCACAAGAUGUCAACAAUAGUGGAGUCUCAGACAAGGCAUCCAUGGCGUACACCAGUCCCUUACCUAUUCGGUGGUUUAGCCGCGAUGCUUGGACUCAUAGCCUUUGCUCUCUUGUUACUCGCCUGCUCCUACUGGUCACUCUCACGGCGGACAGACAGCGAGAAACAGACGGAGACUGAUGAAAAGGUAACUGCAAAGGUUUUCGAGGAGAAGAUACUUGUGAUCAUGGCUGGACAUAACAAACCAACCUUCUUGGCCACACCUGUCGCGGCCAAGACUUGCGUGUCAAGCCUAGAAUGCGUAAUUACGGAGGAUAAAGAAGGGCAAAAUGGAGAAUCCACAGGAAUAAAAGCGUCAUUGUUUUCUUCUGACGAAGGAAACCAGUGAGCUCUGUACUCGAGAUUGUUUUUAUUUUGGCGUUUCUCUCGCCCUCUGUUUUGUUCCUUUUUUUUUGGUUGUUGUUGGGAUUAUUUUCCUCUGUUUUUCUCGACCAUCAUAUUGUAAAGCUUAAUUAGAUUAGUAAAUGUGAACAAGAGUUUGACAUAUUUUCGGGU